ACACUGGUGGCAAAAUGCACGUUGAGCAGCAGCAACAAAAGGUAAACAAGGCCAAAAAGGUGGAUAAAAAGCAACGACGAUGUCUGGCAAUCAUCAAAAGCGACUGCGAAGUGAUCCCUAGCGAGGACCCCACCACCUAUCUGGCGAUCCUCAACGUGGGACUCAGCAAUGGACUCACCGAGGAGUGUCUACUUCAGGCGGCGGCCGGCACAGGUGGCAAAGUCACCGAGGUGGUUAUGUUACCGGGUAAAUCGUACUGCUUCCUGGUCUGCGAUACUCUAGAGGAUGCGCAGGCCAUAUACCAGGGAAUGCACAACGUCUCCAACAUAGGACAACAGGGAGCUGUUGCCUACCUCAGUUACGUCAUGGGAUUGCCCGCCCUGGCAAGGAAGAACGACUGGAAUAGACCCUUGCCCAGUGGACUCUUGGUGCUUCCCGACUUUGUCAGCGAAGAGGAGGAAUUAAUGCUUUUGCGGUCCAUUUCUGAGGAUGGGCGAGCCUCUGAGGGAAGUUUAAAGCACAGAAAUGUGAAGCACUUUGGGUUCGAGUUUCUUUACGGCGUCAAUAAUGUGGAUCCUGCAAAGCCCCUGGAGCAAUCAAUACCGUCGGCAUGUGAUAUACUUUGGCCACGUCUUGAGAGCUCCGCUUCCAAGUGGGACUGGAGUACGCCGGACCAGCUGACGGUGAAUGAAUACGAGCCGGGCCAUGGCAUACCACCUCACGUGGACACACACAGUGCAUUUUUAGAUCCCAUUCUCUCGCUGUCCUUGCAAUCCGAUGUGGUGAUGGACUUCCGGCGCGGAGAGGAGCUGGUUCAGGUGAGAUUACCACGUCGCUCCCUGCUGAUCAUGUCCGGAGAAUCUCGCUAUGACUGGACGCAUGGCAUCAGGCCAAAGCACAUCGAUGUGGUGCCAAGUGCUUCCGGAGGUUUGACCACUCAGGCUCGCGGCAAGAGAACUUCUCUUACUUUCCGGCGCCUGCGAAGAGGACCCUGCUCAUGUUCAUAUCCCACGCUCUGUGACACGAGACAAACCAAAGCUCCAGAGGAGCUAUCCCUCACUCUGGCUGCUCAGGCUGUCAGCCUGGAGCAGCGAAAUGUCCACGAGGUGUACGACAAGAUAGCAGUUCACUUCAGUGAAACGCGGCACUCGCCUUGGCCCCAAGUAGCCGAUUUCCUCAACUCGUUUCAUCCCCAGUCUGUGGUGCUGGACGUAGGUUGCGGCAAUGGCAAGUAUCUGGGAUGCAAUCCUCAGCUCCUGGCCAUUGGUUGCGAUCGCGCCCAAGGUCUGCUCGCAGUGGGACGUCAGAAGGGGCAGAAUGUCUUUCGGUGCGACUGCCUGAGUGUGCCAGUGCGCUCUGCCAGCAUUGAUGGCUGCAUUAGUAUAGCUGUUAUCCAUCACCUGGCCACUGGAGAGCGUCGGCUGGCCGCUCUUCGUGAGAUGGCACGCCUCCUGCGACCUGGUGGCCGCGCUUUGGUCUAUGUUUGGGCCAAGGAUCAGCGAAAGAAUGACAAAAAGUCCGCAUACCUUCGGCAAAACAAAGCUGUUAAUAAGGAGCGUACCACCGAACAGGAGCAGCGUCAGAAGCAGCAACAACAACAACUGGAGCAGCAGGUACCAAAUGACACCCCGCUGCCCGUGCACACCAAUCGCACAGAGUUCCAGCAGCAAGAUGUCUUGGUGCCCUGGAAGACCAAGGAUGAGCAAAAGACUACUUUCUUGCGUUACUAUCAUGUCUUUGAGGAACAGGAACUGGAGAAUCUGGUGUCGCAGCUGCCGGAGGUGCGAAUAGUUAGGAGCUACUACGACCAGGGCAAUCACUGUGUGAUCUUCGAGAAGAAAGACAAAUAGGUAUAUAUAUGUAAUUCGUUUAUUUGAUUUCAAAAAAUACACAUUCACACACAGUUUUUCUUUUGUUUGUUUAGUGUUUUUGCCAUUUAGCGAAUUGAACGUAAACUAAAACUUAGUUAAGCCUACUGUCGACGACGUCCCAUCCGUGCGGAUGUGGUGUUUCUGUUUAUUGUAGCUUUGGACCAUAAAUUGACAAUUCCUUAAUAACAACGUUUUGUGUUCCACUGAAGAGUAUUUCCAGUUGGUGUAGGUACAAGUGCGGUGUGUAUGUACAUUUGUAUUAUUUCCAUUCUUUCAUUGUUCUUGGAUAGUUUUGGAUUGAUAGAUUGAUAGAUCGAUAGUGUCGUAACGAGUAGGUGGAUAGAUAGAUAGAUAAAAUUUGAAGUAUCAUAACUAAAAUGUAUAGAGACUACCUAAAUCAGUGAGUGGGAGCAAUCUGGAGCGGGAGUGGUGCUUUUCUGGAGCUUCCUAAGAUAAUAUAACUCCCAUAUAUCUUCAUUCUUCUGUAUAGGGUAAACUUCAAACUACAGAGACACAUCUACACGGUCCUUAAAAACACACUUAUAAGUCAUCCAGGGCACUUACUUACUCGACAAGAACCCUACUUCUAGUUAAUAUUCUUUUAAUGGGUCGCUUACUGCUAAUUAUGGACUACGGUUUACAGUUUCAAACGUUUCGCUUUGGUCGUGGGUACAGUAGAGUAUCUGAUAUGUUAGCAAGUAACAUUUUGGACUAUGUGAUUUCGUCUUAAGAUUACAAGAGCUAACUAUAUAUAGCGGGUGUCCUAAUAUCUCUAAGGUACGUACGCAUUAGGGUCCUGCAUGAGCCACAGUUAAAGGUCAAGUAAAUCAAAUUCAAAUGUUUGCAGAUGGUUAGAAUUUUAAAAGCUAUCUGUUGGUUUUAACUUUCUUUAAAUUAGCUUGUUUAAAAUCAUAUAAACCUUGAAUUGAAACGAAUAAAUUUGACUUUAGUCGAUUUAACUUGGUUAAUAUGGAAUAAAUUUGCUUUGAAUACAUUUGAUCAAUUAUAUGAAUAAUAAAUAAAUGUAAUUUUAAUGAAAUGAACUUGAUUUGAAUAAACUCUUGUUGUAGCGAAUAAUAUUCGAAUAUAAAUAGCUUAUUUAAAAACGAAUUAACUCAUUUUAAAUUGAGUGAACUCGAUUUAAUCAAUUAAUUUAUAUGAAUUAUUAUUCAAAUCA